AUGACUUGCUUAUUUGAUAUACUUCAAGGACGACUGCUCUACAUGUGGUAUUUGUCUGCGAUCCCUAACCGGGCUAGACAGGCGAUUUGCCGUUACCGAGGAGCAUCCGCUCACAAGCGUCGCGCUGGUGAGGGCUUACCACCGGCGAAUGGACUGCCUCUGGGCAGCACAAGAAAGCCGGAGCCUCAGCAAAGUCGCAAGACUGUAACGGGCAACAGAAAGGGUUCGCUGUGCAGCAACCCAACUAUACGCAUGGCUACUUGCCAAACAGGAGGCAUAGAAAGCCAACAACGAAGCCAAGGAGCAGCGACGACUACUAUUUACCAACAGAUUUCCAAUGAGGAAUUGGAAAGUCAAGGUCUCAGCUCGGAGCUGUCUGCCGGAGCUACAUCCCGAAGUGUGCUAUAUCAGCUUGCCCAAAGUAUACAGCUCACAUAUCUUUACUCGACAGAACAACGGAAGCCCCACGAGCACCACAACACGGAAAUGGAGGAAGAGGAUAUGUACUCUUCUCGGUGCCGUCUACAGAAGAAUUACCUUUACCAAUGGAUACGACUCCUGACAACCAAACACCUAUCGAACGGCGAGCGCACUGAGACGUACAAGAUAUUGGAGGAAGGUGGGACCGGUUGA